CAGAAACCGACCCCGGAUCAGGAGUGUCCAAUAAAACUCCAGAUUUUUAAACUCAGCCCCCUUUUCUUAAAAAAAAAAAAAAAAAAGCCAACCUGUUGAGUGUGACAGUAGUGAAGGCAGGGUGUUGGCGCAGUGUGGCGGAAAGUCACUUCUUUGAGUCACUACCCGUCUGCUUGUGAGACAGUUCCUCGUUGUUGUCUCUGCUAAAUUCAGCUUGUCAGAGGUAAACAGCCUCAAGCCUGAUGAUGUCAAAGAUCUGUGCUUUGGUGUUGGUCACAUUCGUGUCCCUGGUGACUGCAGAAGAACAGAACUCGGAAGAUGACCCAUUCACUUUUGACUACCACAGACUGCGUGUUGGAGGCCUGAUUCUAGCUGCCGUCCUCUGUCUCAUUGGCAUCACCAUCCUGUUCAGUGGCCACUGCAGAUGCAAGUUCAACCAGGACAAGAGAAGGAGGACAGGAAGCAAUGCUCAGCAGAUGCUCAACGACCAAGGUCGUGCCUGCGACUGCUAGAGGUCAACCUGAGCGCACACUGACUUCCCGAACCUGCAACCAACAGAUAACAUGGAGGAUCAGCAGCAGGAUUUGUGAUGCCCAGGAAGUAGUCUGUGUGUAGCCGCUGUAAGGUGUGAUGCUUUCUCCCUGAUAACUGAGCUACUGUCCUGCGGCCUGCACCUCCACACAAACACACACACUCGGACAUACACACCCUUGUACGCAUGGUUUUUGUCACUUUUCAACUUAAAGUGACAAAACAACACUAACACAAACCUAUUACCAAAAAAUACCUUAAGUGUCUGUUCAGAACUAUUGUAGGUUGUGUUAAUGUCUCACUUUACUUCUGUUGCCUGUAAUGUUUGUGUAAGGUAAACAUUGAUGUAGAUAUUAGUCGCUUACUGUGACCAGCCUAACUUGCUGUCCGUGCUUUCAUGUCAAAUAUAAAGAAACCACAUAGUCAUGAGUGAUUAGAGUGUUGUUGAUAAUUCAUGAUAAUCUGUCAGCUUUAUGGUGGAGUGUAGAGCAUUGCACUGUUCAGAGAUACUGAAAGAAUCUGUCAUGUUUCUAUAAAACAACUGUUGAAACUA